UCCGUUCACAUAUUUUGAAAUUCCGGCGUGUUCAAAAAUCCCAUACGUGAGUGUGACUCUCCUCAAACGCAUACACCACUGCUACAACUACUACUCAACUCGUUCAAAAAAAAAAAAAAAACUCGUUCUCUUUUUCAAAUCUAAUCUACGCUCAGGUUCUGUGCUCGAGGCUCUUCUCCCUGCCGGUUUGUAGAUCUGUUGCGUAUAUAAUUGGAAGUAUUUUCUGUUAAAUAGUGAUGUCCCUGCUAAGUAGAUUUUUCUACAGAAGACCCCCGGAUGGCUUGCUUGAACUUGAUGACAGAGUAUAUGUUUUAGAUUCUUGCUUUUCCACUGAAGUAUUACCUGAGGAAAUUUAUCAACUGUAUUUGCAUGAGAUAAUUACUGAGCUGCAUGAAGAGUUCCCUGAAUCAUCUUUUCUUGCAUUCAAUUUUAGAGAUGGUGAGAAAAGGAGUCAGUUUGCUGAAAUUUUAUGUGAAUAUGAUGUUACUGUUAUGGAUUAUCCAAAACAAUAUGAGGGUUGUCCUCUGUUGCCAUUGUCUUUGAUCCAUCAUUUUCUUCGUGGUUGUGAGAAUUGGCUUAAUCUUGGGAAUCAUCAUAAUGUUAUUUUACUUCAUUGUGAGAGAGGGGGUUGGCCCGUUUUAGCAUUUGUUUUGGCUAGUUUCCUGGUUUUUAAAAAAUUGCAUAGUGGAGAGCGAAAGACUCUUGAAAUGGUUUAUCGAGAGGCCCCUAAAGGCUUAUUACAGUUGCUAUCACCAUUGAACCCAUUUCCAUCUCAGCUUCGCUACUUGCAAUAUCUAUCUAGAAGAAAUAUCUCCCCUGAGUGGCCUCCUCCUGAGCGGGCUCUUUCUUUGGAUUGUCUCAUUCUUCGAGCUAUUCCAAGAUUUGAUAGUCAAAAAGGGUGUAGGCCUAUUGUUCGUAUUUUUGGUCGAAAUCUACUUAGCAAGGAUGGACUCUCAACUCAGAUGUUAUACUCUAUGCCCAAGAAAGGCAGAGGUGUUCGACAUUACCGUCAGAAGGACAGUGAUGUGAUCAAGAUUGACAUUCAGUGUUUAGUGCAAGGGGAUGUUGUUCUGGAGUGUGUUCAUUUAGACCUGGAUCCAGAAAGAGAAGUCAUGAUGUUUCGUAUAAUGUUCAACACAGCUUUUAUUCGAUCCAACAUUUUGAUGCUAAGCAGUGAUAACUUGGACAUUCUUUGGGAUUCAAAGGGGCGCUAUCCAAAAGGCUUUCGAGCUGAGGUUUUGUUUGGUGAUGUGGAGAGCAUCCCUCCUCCAAGAGCUCCAACUUCUGUUUUAAAUUUAGAGGAGAAAGGCGGACUUCCUAUUGAAGCCUUUUCAAUGGUCCAAGAACUUUUUGGUGGAGUGGAAUGGGUUGAUCCAAGUGAUGAUGCUGCUUUAUGGUUUCUUAAACAGCUCUCAGUAUUGAAUGAUGUGAAAGAUUUAUCGUUGCUACAAAGUAGGAUGAGUGAAUACUCAUCACCUUUUGAUUCUGAGGAGGAAACCACUGCACAUAGUAUUGCUGAUAGCUUGGAUUUUCUGGACUCAGAGAAGGCUAGUAAUCUUACGUAUGCUAAUUCACCUGAUGUGAAUUUCAUAGAUGAUCCUUUUUCUGAAGAUUUUGCUUCAGAUGCAACCUCAAUGGCCAAAACUUCUGAGGAUCCUACAGAGGUUUCUACUGAACCUUUUUGUUCACAUCCUGAAAGUAAUAAUCAAUCUGAUUUGAGCAUGACUUCUGAUCAAUUGGAAGUAGGGCAAGACCAUGAUAGGCAAUCUUGUUCUCCUCCUUUUGCUUCACCACCUCCCUCCGUUUCUAAUACAAUUACACCUCGACCAUUGGCACCACCACCACCACCACCUCCUCCGCCUCUUUUUGGUUUUCCUAGUAAAGAACUCUCAUUCUCACCACCAAUACCCCCUAAUCAUAUUAAUUACAGUAAAGCACCUCCACCCCACCACCCCCACCACCCCCACCUUCUUAUAUCAAUCCAAGGAACUAUACCAGUAACUCAACCUCCUGUACCUUCAUCUAUAAACUCUGUUAAAGGACCUCCACUACCUCCACCACCUCCACCACUACCACCUUCAUCAGCUUCCCCUCCUCCUCCAGUCCCCAUGCUUUCUACUACAAGUUUCCCUACCCCUCCGCCUCCUCCUCCUCUACCCCCUUCUAUAUCUUCUAAAUGUUGCACUUCAGCUCCCCCUCCCCCACCACCUCCACCUUCCAUUUCUUCUAAACAGCCUCCAUCCCCACCUCCACCUUCCAUUUCUUCUAAACAGCCUCCAUCCCCACCUCCACCUCCUCCUGUACCUUUGAAAGGCCCUCUACCACCUCCACCGCCCCCUCCCCCUCCUCCUCCUGUCUCUUCUAAGGGCCCUUUGCCGCCUCCACCUCCACCUCCCCCACUUGUCUCUUCAAAGGGCACUCUGCCGCCUCCACCUCCACCUCCACCUCCCCCUCCUGUUUCUUCAAAGGGCACUCUGCCGCCUCCACCUCCACCUCCCCCUCCUGUUUCUUCAAAGGGCACUCUGCCGCCUCCACCUCCCCCUCCCCCUCCUGUCUCUUCAAAGGGCCCUCCUCCUCCUCCUCCCCCACCUAUCUCUUCUAAGGGGCCUCCACCUCCUCCGCCCCCUCCUAAGUCGACUCCAUUGCCGCCAGCACCACCUCCACCUCCUUCAGGAGGUCCUCGUCAAGGUUCAAACCCCUCGGCUCCUCCACCACCACCAAAACUUCCUGGUGCCCCACCACCACCACCACCUCCAGGGAGGGGUUCGACACCAGUUCCACCUCCACCUCCUGGUGGGAGGGGCUCUAGUGUGCCACCUCCACCACUUCCAUCUACUGGUAGGGGAAGAAGCUCUUUAGGAUCAACUACUCAUGGAAAAAGUCGACCUACAGGUGGUUCUACUAUUCCUCCCAAAAAAGCAUCAUUGAAGCCUUUGCACUGGGUCAAAGUUACAAGAGCAAUGCAAGGAAGUCUGUGGGCUGAUACUCAAAAACAGGAAAGCCAAUCAAGGGCACCUGAGAUUGAUAUAACAGAGCUUGAAACUCUGUUUUCAGUAGCUUCUGCAACAGAUAGCAUCAACAAGGCCGGAGGUCGGCGUGGUUCAAAAAUUAACAAACCUGAAAAGGUGCAAUUGGUUGAACAUCGGAGGGCCUACAAUUGUGAAAUCAUGCUUACAAAAAUUAAAAUUCCUCUGCCUGAUAUGAUUAAUGCCAUUUUGGCUUUGGAUUCUUCAACGCUGGAUAUUGAUCAAGUUGAAAAUCUGAUUAAGUUCUGUCCUACAAAAGAAGAAAUGGAGACCUUGAGGAACUACACUGGGAACAAGGAAAUGCUUGGCAAAUGUGAACAGUUUUUCUCGGAGCUCAUGAAGGUUCCUCGAGUUGAAUCCAAGUUGAGAGUUUUUGCUUUUACAAUUACUUUUUCAAAUCAGGUUAAUGACUUGAGAAAUAACUUGAAUACAAUAAAUGAUGCUACCAGAGAGGUAAAAGAAUCUGCGAAGUUGCGUCAAAUAAUGCAGACCAUUCUAACCCUGGGUAAUGCACUGAAUCAGGGCACUGCACGAGGAUCUGCUGUGGGGUUUAAAUUGGAUAGUCUUCUUAAACUUUCUGAUACCCGUGCGAGAAACAACAAAAUGACUUUAAUGCACUAUCUAUGCAAGCUCCUUGCUGAGAAAAUGCCAGAGCUGCUUGAUUUUGGCAAGGAUCUUGUUCAUUUGGAAGCAGCCUCUAAGAUCCAAUUGAAGUCUUUGGCUGAAGAAAUGCAAGCAGUGACUAAAGGUCUUGAGAAGGUUGAACAAGAACUUGCUGCAUCAGACAAUGAUGGUGCUAUAUCCUCUGGCUUUCAUAAGGUCUUGAAGAGUUUCCUUGAUACUGCUGAAGCUGAUGUUAGGUCUCUAAUUACCCUGUAUAGUGAAGUGGGGAGAAAUGCAGACUCUCUAUCCCUGUAUUUUGGUGAGGAUCCUGCUCGGUGCCCCUUUGAGCAAGUGACACAAACGUUGGCCAUCUUCACCAAAAUGUUUAACAAAUCACGUGAUGAGAAUGUACAACUGGCCGAUGCUGAAAGGAAAAAGUUGGAGAAGGAAGCCUUGAAGGAACAAACAGCUUCCAAUUCCUCUGCUAAGAAAGAAGCUGAUGCUGAGAAAGAUCUUCUUCGUCAAAUUAAUAAUCAGAUUCAGAGAUCUGCUUCAUAAUCUUAAUCUCGUUGCACUGGUUAAGACAUCAUAAUGCUGGACGCCAGCACAGAAGGCAGAUUGCGAACUAGUUUAAGCAUCG